AUGGGAAUUCCUAAUAACUCAAUUUUGGACCCAGCAACAGUGACCUUGGUUGGAAUUCCUGGACUAGAGCACCUACACUUCUGGAUUGGAUUCCCUUUUUGCAUAGUUUGCAUAGUAGCCCUUCUGGGGAAUGUUCUCCUAUUGACCAUCAUCCCAAUAGAGCGCAACCUCCAUCAGCCCAUGUACAUCUUUCUGGCUAUGCUAGCUGCAACUGACCUGGGUCUGUGUGCUGCCAUAGCCCCAAAGAUGCUGGCCAUUUUCUGGUUCAGUGCCUGUACCAUGGCCUUUAAUGCCUGCCUCACACAGCUAUUCUUCAUCCAUGCCCUACAAGGGAUGGAAUCAGGUAUCUUAUUGGCCAUGGCCUUUGACCGCUAUGUGGCAAUUUGUGAUCCUCUUAGACAUUCAGCCAUCCUCACACCAACCAUACUGAGUCGGAUGAUAUUUGGAGUGGCAUUGAGAGCCAUUGUAUUGGUUGGCUUACUGCCCAUCCUGAUUAGACGUUUGCACUUUUUUCAUUCCACAGUCAUAGCCCAUUCUUACUGUGAGCACAUGGCUGUGGUCAAGUUGUUGGAUGGGAAUGUCCAGAUAAAUAAGUCCUUUGGGUUGUUUGUAGCAUUUGCCAUUCUGGGUUUUGACAUGGUUUUUGUUCUUGUUUCCUAUACCCUAAUCAUGUGGACAGUUUUUCACCUUCCACAGAAGGAGGCACGGUUGAAAGCACUCAACACCUGCACAGCUCAUAUUUUUGUCUUCCUUGAAUUCUAUGUUCUUGCUUUCUUCUCAUUUUUUAGCCAUCGUUUUGGCCAUGUGGCCCCUUUUGCCCAUAUUCUUCUGUCUACUCUCUAUCUUCUUGUGCCUCCUGCUCUCAACCCCAUUGUUUAUGGAGUAAAAACCAAGGAAAUCCGUGUCAAAGUGCUAAGGAUAUUCACUCUAAAGGAAAAUGCCCUGCAGUGA